AUGACAUUAGCUCUUGAUGAACACUGUCUACUCAAAACAUGCAUUCAAACUACCAAGCGAACUGCAACUACAGGACAGGAGGCUUUUAAUGAACUAAGAAAAAUAAUUGACGAGAACAAAGCGUAUUUAAUCCCGCAGUGUGUUCCUGAAAUAAAUUCUGCAUUCAACAGUGUUCAAGAAGCUCAUAAAACUAUGAAAGAAGAUUGUGAUGAUCUUAUAAUACUGGCUGGAAAAAUUAAGGAUUACACACAUUACUUCCGUAAGAAGGAGAAGAGGAAGAUUGAAGAAUGUUUCAAACAGAUGUUAACACAUGAAGGCAUGUGUCAAAUAAAUAAAAAAAGAAGAAUUUCAGAAAUUAAUGUGGUUGAAGUUGACAGUGGAGCUAAAUUAAGUAUUACGGAGAGUGUUGUCAUUAUUAAAGAUAAAAACAGCACAGGUCUUACAGUCAACAUAAAUAAUUUCCCUGUUUUUGACGAUUAUUUCGAGAAAAAGGAUGCUAAAAUUGUGGAGGCCAGCAAAAGUUCAAUCAAACUACUAGUGAGAUUUGCUUCUCAACAAGCAAUGAAGAAAUUUGAAAUGGAAUGCGAUAGUGGCAUUACAGAAAAAGAAAUAUAUGAAUUACUGCUGAAGAAUAAGCUUAUAGAACCUGGAGCUGAGAUAAAAGUUACCGUUAAAACAGGUCAUGGAGCUUUGCUCAUAAUUUCAAUGGAAGAAUUUGAAAAGGUGAACAAGGAAAGCAUAGAUCUUGUUCCAUUCAUGGUUGCAGCAUACAACUGCAAAAACAUGAAGCAACUAGAUAGUAAUCUAGCCUCUAUGCUUGAGAAAAGAAUUACUGCUUCUGAUUUACAAUCUAGAUAUCAUACUGAUCAAGAACAAACUACUGGUAAAUGUUUUAUAUUCAAUAUUCCUCACCAAUUUUAUUGCCAACAGCAAUCAUUAUUUUCAAAUCUAAGCUUCUUGAUCUGAUUGUUCAAAUAUAUGGAUGACAAUUGUUGAUUCCUUUCUCAUUAUAAUUGUUUACUUAAUUUCGUAAACAUGUGGUGUUAACAGCUAGAAAAUAUCA